UACACAACUGUUCAGAAGACGCUACAGCACCUGAGGAGAAAUUCAUCUUCAUGUGUCCAAGUAUGAAAAACAUUAUUUCUUGCAUAUUAUUUUUCUGCAGUUCCAUCGUGACAGCUGAAACGUGCAAUAAAUGCACAUCUAAGGCUGUAGACAGCCUAAACGGCGUGUCCUUUCCUCGAUGGCGCCUAUGGCAGAUCGAAGACGUACGAGAACGGGUCGCCUGUUUCCUCCUGUGUGUUCAGGAUCCAAGCUGUUCCAGUUUUCAGUACAACCGAAGAGACAAUAUCUGUAUUGGGUUCCAUGUUCUCCUUGGCAACCUACUGCUGACGAAUUAUACAUAUGACAUCUAUGUGGAGACUCACGUACUGUGUAGACAUGGCAACAAUGGGGACACCUGUGCCAUGGACAGCGACUGCACUGUCAUGGGUGCUUCCUGUGUGGAUGGUGUAUGCGCAUGCGCUGCCGGAGAUUCCCUGGCAAGUGACAGUGGCGGGACAGCAUGUGUCAAAGCAUGCUCUAGUGACGGCUUCAACGACACAUUCACUCUGUUCAACAACCUUGGAAUUUCCGGUUGCAACAAGAGGAUCCACCAAAACCAGACAGUCACCUCUUGCGGGGAGAGAUGUGUAAAUGAAACUGCGUUCGUCUGCGCAAACGCAGAAAUCAAUCUUUCAACAGGAUUCUGUUUGGUGUGCGACACGCCAUGGGUUGAAGAAGAAUCAAUGAAUCGAGACAUGGGCGAUCAUGGAUGGGUCUUUCUGAAUCGCAACUGUGCCUAGCCCAGAAGUUAGGUACCUGGCACAGAUGAGCGUGUGGUUGGAAGUGGGAGCUCCUUAUUAAAAUUAGAUCAAAUUUGUGUUUGAUGAUCUGAGGCCACCUUCAAAGGUUACGUCAUGUCGGACCUUUCUGACGGAUCUUAAAGAAGUCCAUCACUGACGGGUCACACAGACGGGUCAUACAGACCGUUUA